CUUCUGUAUUUGGUAUUUUUUCUGAGCACGAAUUGAGCUAAAUGCAUAUUACAAGUCAUCUUUAACAAAAAAUUCGCACUAAACGCUAAGAAGACAGUUAUACCUGUGUAAAUACAAUUCGGCUGCCAAAACAAAAGCUCUACUAGAGGAAACAUAAUCUGUCACCAUGUCCGUGCGCGUGAUCAACGAUGAGUCCCACUUCCAGGCGGAGUUGGCCCAAGCGGGCAUCCAAUUGGUUGUGGUGGACUUCACAGCUACGUGGUGCGGUCCCUGCCAGCGGAUUGCGCCCAUCUUCGAGAUGUUUCCCACAAAGUAUCCCAAGGCCAUCUUCCUGAAGGUGGAUGUGGACAAGUGCCAGGACACGGCUGCUGGACAGGGCGUUUCGGCCAUGCCUACGUUCAUCUUCUACAGAAACAGGACCAAGAUCGACCGCAUCCAGGGUGCGGACGUCAAUGGGCUCGAGGCCAAGAUCCAGGAGCACAUCGGCACCAGCGGUGGCGAGGAUGGGGGCGAGGAUUACGGCCAGGGAUUGAUGGAACUAAACACCUUUAUCUCGAAGCAGGAGUGCGAGUGCCUCAACGAAGCCGAUGAUCACAACCUAAAGCACGCUCUGGCCUCCGCCGGUGGCUACCUGCAGUCCGAUUGCGAUGAGCAGCUGAUCCUGUCUAUCACCUUUAAUCAGGCUGUUAAGAUUCACUCCCUGAAGUUCAAGGCACCUUCGCAACUGGGUCCCAAGGAUGUCAAGCUGUUCAUCAACCAGCCACGCACCAUUGACUUUGACAUGGCCGAGUCUAUGACCAGUGUUCAGGAUCUGAGCCUGGCUCAGAAGGAGCUGGAGAGCGGAGUGCCCGUGAAUCUGCGCUAUGUAAAGUUCCAGAAUGUGCAGAACAUCCAAAUCUUCGUAAAGAACAAUCAGUCGGGUGGCGAUGUGACGCAGAUUGACUAUAUCGGCUUCAUCGGUUCCCCCAUCAUGACCACCAAGAUGAACGAUUUUAAGCGAGUGGCCGGCAAGAAGGGCGAGAGCCACUAAGUCACCCACUAGGAUUCCAUUGAAAAUUUCAGCUUUCAGUUAUUCCCAAUGACGUCCCGGCAUUUCUAUUUAACUUUGGACUUACAACUAAACAAUGUACAACAAAUGCAUAAAGAAUCAUACAAAAAAAGGA